UAUCUGUUUUGAUUAUCUCACGUAUGCUUAGAAUAUAGCGAUAGAGAGGAAGUCUAACUCUAUUUGAUUUCAAGUGUCUGUCUCUCUCUCUCUCUCUUUCUCUCUCUCUUUCUAUCUCUAUCUCUAAGUGACGUUUCGCUUACCAGCGACUUGUGCUCAACACUAAUGGUAUUGUCUUAAGACAUAUGGUGGACAUGAGUUUAAACCGAAGCAGAUAUGAAGUACCGGCAGAACUCACUAAUCUUCUGCUAGACUUUACUGUAAGUGUUUUAGUGAACAAACCAACGGAUCUCUUGGAAUACGCGACCAUUUAUUUCAAUCGACUUCUUGACGAAAGACAACAUUCUGCACAUCACUUGACUAAUGUUAACGACAAUGAAAACAACCAUUUGAUAGACGACGACAACGAUUCCACUUCAAGUGAUAUUAAGCCACCGGUCAGACUGUCGUUUACACGAAGAAAGUCGGUAUUUGCCGAACACUACGAUCCGGAAGAGGACGAAGACGAUGACAAUGAAAAAAUUAUUUAUCCUAAAAGUGAUGAACAGCGCCAACGAUUAGGAGAAGCCGUUAAAAAUAUACUCCUUUUUCGUUCAUUAGAUCCGUUAGAAAUGUCUGAAGUAAUCGAUGCUAUGUUUGAAAAGAAAGUAAAGGAGGGAGAGAUUGUGAUCCGACAGGGAGACGAUGGCGACUACUUUUAUGUCAUAUCAGACGGUACAUUCAAAAUUGUGGUCACAACUGAUGAUGGAAAUGAGCGAGAAGUGGGACAAUACACCGAUUCUGGAAGUUUUGGCGAAUUGGCGCUCAUGUAUAACAUGCCCCGAGCGGCCACUGUUAAAGCCAUGACUUCAGGCUCACUCUGGGCAAUGAGUCGACAUAUAUUCCGAAAAAUAGUUCUCAAAAGAGCUUUUAAGAAGAGAAAAGAGUACGAGUCGUUAAUAGAAAAAGUGGACAUGCUCAGGUCACUAGAGCACUACGAAAAAAUGUCUUUAAGUGAUGCUUUAUUGCCGCGUAGAUAUAUCGCCGGAGACCUCAUUAUAAAACAAGAUGAUAAGGCAGACGGUAUGUAUUUCGUUCAGGAGGGUAUCGUUAGGAUUACCAGAAUCACAGAAGAGGGUCACGAACAAGAAUUGUCACGACUUGAAAAGGGCGGUUAUUUCGGUGAAUUAGCACUCAUUACUCACCGACCACGAGCUGCAUCUGCAUAUGCCCUGAGCCCGGAAGUCAAGUUGGCCUUUCUGGAUGUACACGCAUUUGAGCGUCUAUUAGGUCCUUGUAUGGACAUAAUGAAGCGCAACUUUAACCACUAUGAGGACCAAUUGGUCAAAAUAUUUGGCUCCAAAUCAAAUGUCGGAGACUUGCGAUGACUGCCAUCAAAAAGUUGUUGAGUUUAAGGACAAACAGCUUUAGGGCUGAAUUAUUGCACAAUUAAAUUGAAUUCUUCUCCCAAUUUCUGAAUUUCCAGUUAACGGUGUUUUG